CGCUGUGCAUCUCCAACAAUGAGUGACGUAGGACUGACGUACUAGGAAGUGUGUUCAACACAACAACACUGCAGCUUCAUCAUUUACAAGUUACAUACUAUGGAUACAGAACAAUUGUUAUGAUGCCAUUUCAGCAACAUAUAGAAUUAUUCCUCUAAUAGGAAGCUUCUUUGUGACGAAUUACCACCAAAAAGUUUAUUAUCAUCCACUCUGACUUUGGGAGGACCUUUCCAACCCUCUCUCAUGUCCUCCGGCUGUCCCCCCCAGUCACCAGCUGUGGCUAAGUCUGAGGUAGCAGUAGAGGGAGAAUGCCCGCUGCUGGCGGCAACCUUCGCCUACUGGGACAACAUCCUGGGUCCACGGGUGCGCCACAUCUGGACACCAAAGGGAGAGCAGCUGAUGUUCCUCAGCGAUGGAGAGGUCACAUUUUUGGCCAAUCAUACACUAAACGGGGAGAUCCUGCGAAGCGCUGAGUGUGGCGCCGUGGACGUGAAGUUCUUUGUCCUGGCGGAGAAGGGCGUCAUCAUUGUGUCUCUUAUCUUCGAUGGCGAGCUGAAGGGGGAUAAGAACACAUGUGCCUUGUCCAUUAUCCUGCCUCAAACAGAGCUGGCCUUCUACCUUCCUCUGCACACCAUCUGCGUGGAGAGGCUAAAGCACGUUAUCCGCAAGGGACGCAUUUGGAUGCAGAAGGGCUACAACAUCAUCUCGGUGCUGAGCUUGGAGAUCAUCCCUAUCAUGGAGCUGUUGGCCUCUAUGAAGUCUCACCAUGUGCCAGAAGAUAUAGACAUAAAAGACACGGUGCUAAAUGAUGAUGACAUCGGGGACAGCUGCCACGAGGAUUUCCUCCACAAAGCCGUCAGCUCUCAUCUGCAGACUUGCGGCUGUUCAAUAGUAGUCGGAAGCAACCCGGAGAAAGUAAAUAAGAUUGUGCGGACUCUCUGCCUCUUCCUCACCCCAGCAGAGAGGAAGUGCUCCCGCCUCUGCAAGGCUGACUCUUCUUUCAAAUAUGACACAGGCCUUUUUGUUCAGGGUCUGCUCAAGGACUCCACGGGCAGCUUCGUCCUGCCCUUCCGCCAGGUGCUCUACUCCCCGUAUCCCACCACGCACAUCGACGUGGACAUCAACACGGUGAAGCAGAUGCCGCCGUGCCACGAGCACACAUACAACCAGCGGCGCUACAUGCGCUCCGAGCUCAGCGCGCUCUGGAAGACGGACAGUGAGGACGACAUCCCCCCCGAAACAGUCAUUCACACCGACGAGACCUUCACGCCUGACCUGAAUAUAUUUCAAGACGUCAUGCAUAAAGACACUUUGGUGAAGUCGUUUAUAGACGAGGUGUUCAUGCUGAAGCCGGGCCUGUCCCUGCGGAGCACCUAUCUGGCCCAGUUCCUGCUGCUGCUCCACAGGAAGGCCCUCACAUUGCUCAAGUACAUCGAGGACGAAACGCAGAAAGGGAAGAAGCCGUUUCGAUCCCUGCGCAACCUAAAGACAGACCUGGAUCUGACGGUGGAGGGGGACCUGCACAUCGUAAUGGCCUUCGCCGAGAAGCUGAGGGCGGGACUGCACUCGUUCGUGUUCAGCAAGCCGUUCUACACCAGCAUGCAAGAGCGAGACGUUCUCAUGACCUUCUGACUUAUUCCUCCUCCGGCACUUUUAUGUAUCGGACGCUUAAUGAAAGCAGAUGUCUUUGUUUUCUUAUGUGUUACAUCAAUGCAUGCACGCCUGAAUAUUUGUUUGUGCUUUGCUGGAAUGAAGAAAAAAAAUGUGUGUCCUGAUCAGUUCAAGGCUUCAAAGUCUAUACUGCUGUAAUGAGCCAUUGCACUGUACGUUUUUUAUUUUUUUAUAUAGUACCUUGAUCGACCGUUAGCAUAAUGUGAGUUGAAUGUUUUGGGAGGACUUCAAUAAUUCUCUAGUUGAUGAAUUAUUCAUGCGUUCUAUGCCUUCUGUUAAUAGAGAGUCUGUAUUAAUAUAUGGCGUUAAAAUUGGCUGCCCACCAGGACAUUUGCAAUUUAAUUUAAAAUGAUAUUUAUUAAAACGUAUUAGUUUCUUCACUGCCUGUGUAAUAUAUAACCUUUUGAACUGUCGAUUUUUUGUUUUUUUGUUUUUCAAUUAGUGAGUCUCUGUGUUGACUGUGAAUGGUGCGAAUCAUCAUAAAAAGGUUCAGAGUAAUCAUAGGAUUUUAUUAAAGAAAAAGAUGAAGCACUGUAACAGCAGAGCUGUGUGUAGCUGACAGUCAUAAAAUGAAAUCAAGCAAUGUAGUUUAAGUAUCGCUUCCAAAAAUGCAAAUGUUUCUGACAUUGUUAUAUGGUGAGUUGAUAAUGUUGUCCAGUUUCCCUACAUUUACAUAUCAUUUCAAUGUGUAACAUUUGCACCAGAGACAGUCCAACUAUGUUUAUCACAAAUGCAUCAAAUAACAGACAUUUUCUCUUCCCUUCUAUAAUCUCUUUGCUUCCUUCCCUUUUACUUUAUCGAUCUUGUUUCAAAUGUGAACUUUUGUCUACUUGUGCAGAAAGAGCGAUGAACAAUAAAGACUCUAUUAAUGUAAAA